CCGAAAACUCAGUUUUUGCGUUUCCGUGUGGGCGAGGAAUACGGAGUUCGUCACGAAACGUCAAAGUUGAUAAAACCCUAAGGAGAGGGAGGAGUCAGGAGGAGGGGACAUAAGAACGAGAAGUGAGAAGUUCCUGGUUUGCAAGUAAAAAAGAAAAGAAGCAACAUUAACCCAUCAGUGGCUCAAGAUGAAGGUCUAUCACCUUUUGAUCUGCUUCAUCCUCCUGAAUCUUCAGGAUGGAAUCACUUGUCUUGCCAAUCCAGAAACUCCCAACCAUACAGAAAUGGAAGGACGAAACACCACAGAAGUGAACUCAACAGAUCUGGGCUUUGGCUUAUCCACACCUACUUCAAGACCGCAGACCUCUCCAUCCGUUCCGGUUAAUGUCACUGGUACAACAGCAGUGGACAACAGCACAGCAGUUGAGGGGGAGGUCCGCCUGGUAAACAACAGUUACGGCUCCUGCUCUGGCAGGGUGGAGAUCUUCCACAGAGGCCAGUGGGGGACAGUGUGUGAUGAUUCUUGGGGCCUGGAAGAUGCUCAGGUGGUAUGUAGGCAACUGGGCUGUGGUAGGGUCCUGUCCAUACCAACUAAUACACAAUUUGGUGCAGGCAGAGGGCCCAUCUGGAUGGAUGAUGUGACAUGCACAGGCUGGGAAUCCAACCUGUUUGAGUGUCGCCACUCAGGGUUUGGAUCUCACAACUGCGGCCACAGUGAAGACUCCGGUGUCAUAUGUGAAGACCCUGGAUUUCCUUAUUCCACACCUGCUUCAAUACCACAGACCUCUCCAGCUUUUCAGGUUAAUGUCACUGGUUCAACAGCAGUGGACAACAGCACAGCAGUUGAGUGGGCGGUCCGCCUGGUAAAUAGGGCUUACGGCUCCUGCUCUGGCAGGGUGGAGAUCUUCCACAGAGGCCAGUGGGGGACAGUGUGUGAUGAUUCUUGGGGUCUGGAGGAUGCUCAGGUGGUAUGUAGGCAGCUGGGCUGUGGUAGGGUCCUCUCAGCAUCAACUAAUGCACGAUUUGGACAAGGCAGAGGACCCAUCUGGAUGGAUGAUGUGUCAUGCACAGGCCGGGAAUCCAACCUGUUUGAGUGUCGCCACUCAGGGUUUGGAUCUCACAACUGCGGCCACAGUGAAGAUGCUGGUGUCAUCUGUGAAGAAUCUCAAGGGAAUGUCCGCUUGGUUAAUGGAGGACAUGGCUCCUGCUCUGGCAGGGUGGAGAUCUUCCACAGAGGCCAGUGGGGGACAGUGUGUGAUGAUUCUUGGGGCCUGGAGGAUGCUCAGGUGGUAUGUAGGCAACUGGGCUGUGGUGGGGUCCUCUCCAUACCAACUAAUACACAAUUUGGACAGGGCACAGGACCCAUCUGGAUGGAUGAUGUGACAUGCACAGGCUGGGAAUCCAACCUGUUUGAGUGUCGCCACCCAGGGUUUGGAUAUCACAACUGUGGCCACAAUGAAGACGCCGGUGUCAUAUGUGAAGACCCUGGAUUUCCUUAUUCCACACCUGCUUCAAUACCACAGACCUCUCCAGCUUUUCAGGUUAAUGUCACUGGUUCAACAGCAGUGGACAACAGCACAGCAGUUGAGUGGGCGGUCCGCCUGGUAAAUAGGGCUUACGGCUCCUGCUCUGGCAGGGUGGAGAUCUUCCACAGAGGCCAGUGGGGGACAGUGUGUGAUGAUUCUUGGGGUCUGGAGGAUGCUCAGGUGGUAUGUAGGCAGCUGGGCUGUGGUAGGGUCCUCUCAGCAUCAACUAAUGCACGAUUUGGACAAGGCAGAGGACCCAUCUGGAUGGAUGAUGUGUCAUGCACAGGCCGGGAAUCCAACCUGUUUGAGUGUCGCCACUCAGGGUUUGGAUCUCACAACUGCGGCCACAGUGAAGAUGCUGGUGUCAUCUGUGAAGAAUCUCAAGGGAAUGUCCGCUUGGUUAAUGGAGGACAUGGCUCCUGCUCUGGCAGGGUGGAGAUCUUCCACAGAGGCCAGUGGGGGACAGUGUGUGAUGAUUCUUGGGGCCUGGAGGAUGCUCAGGUGGUAUGUAGGCAGCUGGGCUGUGGUAGGGUCCUCUCUGCACCAACUAAUGCAAAAUUUGGAGCGGGCAGAGGAUCCAUCUGGAUGGAUGAUGUGCGAUGCACAGGCUGGGAAUCCAACCUGUUUGAGUGUCGCCACUCAGGGUUUGGAUCUCACGACUGCAGCCACAGUGAAGAUGCUGGUGUCAUCUGUGAAGACCCUGGAUUUCCUUAUUCCACACCUGCUUCAAUACCACAGACCUCUCCAGCUUUUCAGGUUAAUGUCACUGGUUCAACAGCAGUGGACAACAGCACAGCAGUUGAGUGGGCGGUCCGCCUGGUAAAUAGGGCUUACGGUUCCUGCUCUGGCAGGGUGGAGAUCUUCCACAGAGGCCAGUGGGGGACAGUGUGUGAUGAUUCUUGGGGCCUGGAGGAUGCUCAGGUGGUAUGUAGGCAACUGGGCUGUGGUGGGGUCCUCUCAGCAUCAACUAAUGCACGAUUUGGACAAGGCAGAGGACCCAUCUGGAUGGAUGAUGUGUCAUGCACAGGCAGGGAAUCCAACCUGUUUGAGUGUCGCCACUCAGGGUUUGGAUCUCACAACUGCGGCCACAGUGAAGAUGCUGGUGUCAUCUGUGAAGAAUCUCAAGGGAAUGUUCGCUUGGUUAAUGGAGGACAUGGCUCCUGCUCUGGCAGGGUGGAGAUCUUCCACAGAGGCCAGUGGGGGACAGUGUGUGAUGAUUCUUGGGGCCUGGAGGAUGCUCAGGUGGUAUGUAGGCAGCUGGGCUGUGGUAGGGUCCUCUCUGCACCAACUAAUGCAAAAUUUGGAGCGGGCAGAGGGCCCAUCUGGAUGGAUGAUGUGAGAUGCACAGGCCGGGAAUCCAACCUGUUUGAGUGUCGCCACUCAGGGUUUGGAUCUCACGACUGCGGCCACAGUGAAGAUGCUGGUGUCAUCUGUGAAGACCCUGGAUUUCCUUAUUCCACACCUGCUUCAAGAACACAGACCUCUCCAGCUUUUCAGGUUAAUGUCACUGGUUCAACAGCAGUGGACAACAGCACAGGAGUUGAGGGGGAGGUCCGCCUGGUAAACAACAGUUACGGCUCCUGCUCUGGCAGGGUGGAGAUCUUCCACAGAGGCCAGUGGGGGACAGUGUGUGAUGAUUCUUGGGGCCUGGAGGAUGCUCAGGUGGUAUGUAGGCAACUGGGCUGUGGUAGGGUCCUCUCCAUACCAACUAAUACACAAUUUGGACAGGGCACAGGACCCAUCUGGAUGGAUGAUGUGACAUGCACAGGCUGGGAAUCCAACCUGUUUGAGUGUCGCCACUCAGGGUUUGGAUCUCACAACUGUGGCCACAAUGAAGACGCCGGUGUCAUAUGUGAAGACCCUGGAUUUCCUUAUUCCACACCUGCUUCAAUACCACAGACCUCUCCAGCUUUUCAGGUUAAUGUCACUGGUUCAACAGCAGUGGACAACAGCACAGCAGUUGAGUGGGCGGUCCGCCUGGUAAAUAGGGCUUACGGCUCCUGCUCUGGCAGGGUGGAGAUCUUCCACAGAGGCCAGUGGGGGACAGUGUGUGAUGAUUCUUGGGGCCUGGAGGAUGCUCAGGUGGUAUGUAGGCAACUGGGCUGUGGUGGGGUCCUCUCAGCAUCAACUAAUGCACGAUUUGGACAAGGCAGAGGACCCAUCUGGAUGGAUGAUGUGUCAUGCACAGGCAGGGAAUCCAACCUGUUUGAGUGUCGCCACUCAGGGUUUGGAUCUCACAACUGCGGCCACAGUGAAGAUGCUGGUGUCAUCUGUGAAGAAUCUCAAGGGAAUGUCCGCUUGGUUAAUGGAGGACAUGGCUCCUGCUCUGGCAGGGUGGAGAUCUUCCACAGUGGGCAGUGGGGGACAGUGUGUGAUGAUUCUUGGGGUCUGGAGGAUGCUCAGGUGGUAUGUAGGCAGCUGGGCUGUGGUAGGGUCCUCUCUGCACCAACUAAUGCAAAAUUUGGAGCGGGCAGAGGAUCCAUCUGGAUGGAUGAUGUGCGAUGCACAGGCUGGGAAUCCAACCUGUUUGAGUGUCGCCACUCAGGGUUUGGAUCUCACGACUGCAGCCACAGUGAAGAUGCUGGUGUCAUCUGUGAAGAAGUGAACUCAACAGACCUGGGCUUUGGUUUAUCCACACCUACUUCAAGACCGCAGACCUCUCCAUCCGUUCCGGUUAAUGUCACUGGUACAACAGCAGUGGACAACAGCACAGGAGUUGAGGGGGAGGUCCGCCUGGUAAAUAGGGGUUACGGCUCCUGCUCUGGCAGGGUGGAGAUCUUCCACAGAGGCCAGUGGGGGACAGUGUGUGAUGAUUCUUGGGGCCUGGAGGAUGCUCAAGUGGUGUGUAGGCAGCUGGGCUGUGGUAGGGUCCUGUCCAUACCAACUAAUACACUAAUUGGACAAGGCACAGGGCCCAUCUGGAUGGAUGAUGUGUCAUGCACAGGCCGGGAAUCCAAGCUUUCUGAGUGUCGUCACUCAGGGUUUGGAUCUCACAACUGCGGCCACAAUGAAGAUGCUGGUGUCAUCUGUCAAGACCCUGGAUUUCCUUAUUCCACACCUGCUUCAAUACCACAGACCUCUCCAGCUUUUCAAGUUAAUGUCACUGGUUCAACAACAGUGGACAACAGCACAGCAGUUGAGUGGGCGGUCCGCCUGGUAAAUAGGGCUUACGGCUCCUGCUCUGGCAGGGUGGAGAUCUUCCACAGAGGCCAGUGGGGGACAGUGUGUGAUGAUUCUUGGGACCUGGGGGAUGCUCAGGUGGUAUGUAGGCAGCUGGGCUGUGGUGGGGUCCUCUUAGCACCAACUAAUGCACGAUUUGGACAAGGCACAGGGCCCAUCUGGAUGGAUGAUGUGAGAUGCACAGGCCGGGAAUCCAACCUGUUUGAGUGUCGCCACUCAGGGUUUGGAUCUCACAACUGCGGCCACAGUGAAGAUGCUGGUGUCAUCUGUCAAGAAUCUCAAGGGAAUGUUCGCUUAGUUAAUGGAGGACAUGGCUCCUGCUCUGGCAGGGUGGAGAUCCUCCACAGUGGGCAGUGGGGGACAGUGUGUGAUGAUUCUUGGGGCCUGGAGGAUGCUCAGGUGGUAUGUAGGCAGCUGGGCUGUGGUAGGGUCCUCUCUGCACCAACUAAUGCACGAUUUGGAGCAGGCACAGGAUCCAUCUGGAUGGAUGAGGUUGCAUGCACAGGCAGGGAAUCCAAGCUUUCUGAGUGUCGCCACUCAGGGUUUGGAUCUCACAACUGCGGCCACAGUGAAGAUGCUGGUGUCAUCUGUGAAGACCCUGGAUUUCCUUAUUCCACACCUGCUUCAAUACCACAGACCUCUCCAGCUUUUCAGGUUAAUGUCACUGGUUCAACAACAGUGGACAACAGCACAGCAGUUGAGUGGGCGGUCCGCCUGGUAAAUAGGGGUUACAGCUCCUGCUCUGGCAGGGUGGAGAUCUUCCACAGAGGCCAGUGGGGGACAGUGUGUGAUGAUUCUUGGGGCCUGGAGGAUGCUCAGGUGGUAUGUAGGCAGCUGGGCUGUGGUAGGGUCCUCUCAGCAUCAACUAAUGCACCAUUUGGACAAGGCACAGGGCCCAUCUGGAUGGAUGAUGUGUCAUGCACAGGCCGGGAAUCCAACCUGUUUGAGUGUCGUCACUCAGGGUUUGGAUCUCACAACUGCGGCCACAGUGAAGAUGCUGGUGUCAUCUGUGAAGAAUCUCAAGGGAAUGUCCGCUUAGUUAAUGGAGGACAUGGCUCCUGCUCUGGCAGGGUGGAGAUCCUCCACAGUGGGCAGUGGGGGACAGUGUGUGAUGAUUCUUGGGGCCUGGAGGAUGCUCAGGUGGUAUGUAGGCAGCUGGGCUGUGGUAGGGUCCUCUCUGCACCAACUAAUGCAAAAUUUGGAGCGGGCAGAGGAUCCAUCUGGAUGGAUGAUGUGUCAUGCACAGGCCGGGAAUCCAAGCUUUCUGAGUGUCGUCACUCAGGGUUUGGAUCUCACAACUGCGGCCACAAUGAAGAUGCUGGUGUCAUCUGUCAAGAAACUCAAGGGAAUGUUCGCUUGGUUAAUGGAGGACAUGGCUCCUGCUCUGGCAGGGUGGAGAUCUUCCACAGAGGCCAGUGGGGGACAGUGUGUGAUGAUUCUUGGGACCUGGGGGAUGCUCAGGUGGUAUGUAGGCAGCUGGGCUGUGGUGGGGUCCUCUUAGCACCAACUAAUGCACGAUUUGGACAAGGCACAGGGCCCAUCUGGAUGGAUGAUGUGAGAUGCACAGGCCGGGAAUCCAACCUGUUUGAGUGUCGCCACUCAGGGUUUGGAUCUCACAACUGCGGCCACAGUGAAGAUGCUGGUGUCAUCUGUCAAGAAUCUCAAGGGAAUGUUCGCUUAGUUAAUGGAGGACAUGGCUCCUGCUCUGGCAGGGUGGAGAUCCUCCACAGUGGGCAGUGGGGGACAGUGUGUGAUGAUUCUUGGGGCCUGGAGGAUGCUCAGGUGGUAUGUAGGCAGCUGGGCUGUGGUAGGGUCCUCUCUGCACCAACUAAUGCACGAUUUGGAGCAGGCACAGGAUCCAUCUGGAUGGAUGAGGUUGCAUGCACAGGCAGGGAAUCCAAGCUUUCUGAGUGUCGCCACUCAGGGUUUGGAUCUCACAACUGCGGCCACAGUGAAGAUGCUGGUGUCAUCUGUGAAGACCCUGGAUUUCCUUAUUCCACACCUGCUUCAAUACCACAGACCUCUCCAGCUUUUCAGGUUAAUGUCACUGGUUCAACAACAGUGGACAACAGCACAGCAGUUGAGUGGGCGGUCCGCCUGGUAAAUAGGGGUUACAGCUCCUGCUCUGGCAGGGUGGAGAUCUUCCACAGAGGCCAGUGGGGGACAGUGUGUGAUGAUUCUUGGGGCCUGGAGGAUGCUCAGGUGGUAUGUAGGCAGCUGGGCUGUGGUAGGGUCCUCUCAGCAUCAACUAAUGCACCAUUUGGACAAGGCACAGGGCCCAUCUGGAUGGAUGAUGUGUCAUGCACAGGCCGGGAAUCCAACCUGUUUGAGUGUCGCCACUCAGGGUUUGGAUCUCACAACUGCGGCCACAGUGAAGAUGCUGGUGUCAUCUGUGAAGAAUCUCAAGGGAAUGUCCGCUUAGUUAAUGGAGGACAUGGCUCCUGCUCUGGCAGGGUGGAGAUCUUCCACAGUGGGCAGUGGGGGACAGUGUGUGAUGAUUCUUGGGGCCUGGAGGAUGCUCAGGUGGUAUGUAGGCAGCUGGGCUGUGGUAGGGUCCUCUCUGCACCAACUAAUGCAAAAUUUGGAGCGGGCAGAGGAUCCAUUUGGUUGGACCAGGUGACAUGCACAGGCUGGGAAUCCAACCUGUUUGAGUGUCGCCACUCAGGGUUUGGAUCUCACGACUGCAGCCACAGUGAAGAUGCUGGUGUCAUCUGUGAAGACCCUGGAUUUCCUUAUUCCACACCUGCUUCAAGAACACAGACCUCUCCAGCUAAUCAACUAAAUGUCACUGGUUCAACAGCAGUGGACAACAGCACAGCAGUUGAGGGGGCGGUCCGCUUGGUAAAUAGCAGUUACGGCUCCUGCUCUGGGAGGGUGGAGAUCUUCCACAGAGGCCAGUGGGGGACAGUGUGUGAUGAUUCUUGGGGCCUGGAGGAUGCUCAAGUGGUAUGUAGGCAGCUGGGCUGUGGUAGGGUCCUCUCCAUACCAACUAAUACACAAUUUGGACAAGGCACAGGACCCAUCUGGAUGGAUGAUGUGGCAUGCAUUGGAAGAGAAGCCAACUUGCCUGAGUGUCAACACUCAGGGUUUGGAUCUCACAACUGCAGCCACAAAGAAGAUGCUGGUGUCAUCUGUGAAGUCUCUCAUACAGGUUUCUCUCCGCUUUUGGUUAUUGUAUCUGUGGUAGUGGCGGUUCUUCUGUUGCUUGUUGUUCUUUUGCUCAUCUACAAAAAGACGGCAACGGGCUAUCGUGGUUUCUCUAGUUAUAGAAGAAACUCAACCCAAAGCCAAACUGAGAUUGCUCUUACUGAAAAAUAUUCUACAGUCUCCACAUGUGAAGUCUCGACCUACUAGAGCGUUGAUCCAGCCAGCAGGAACCAGGACCAAACCUACUGUACUCUACUGUCACACACACGAAAUAGCAAAUUCUCCUGCAUUCCUUCAGAUGAAUAGAAAUGUGUUUGGGGGUUUCAUGUCUUAUCUAGAACCGUGGUCAAUUGUUCUGUAAGAACUAACUAUGUCACUUUCCUUGCCCUUACUAGGCCAGACCAGUAACACUGACACUGGCCAGUCAGGAACAUAAAACAUACAUAAAAGCAAGGAUGAGUUGACUCAGAAUCCAUUUGUUAGACUUGUCAUUGUUAUCCUCUCCACAGCAUUAUUAAUGGCCAUCAAUAGUGGCCUGCACAGAAAAGUACAUGGAUGGAUGGCCACAAUAAGAGAUAAGAAUAAACUUUAUUAUCCCACAUGCGAAAUUUAAUUUGGACAAACAGGCAAAUUUUAAGGGUUUUGGGCCUGCACGUGUGGACGAACAAUCAAACGCAGAACUAAAAUCAACAAACAGAAUCUGAUCAUAAGCUUUUGGAUCUUCUGAAUGCUUCCUUUAUUAAAUGAAUGACAUUUAUCAUGGCAUCCUUAGCACUGCAACCCUCCCUGUUUACAAACUGAAGCGGGUCUAGACUUGAAGAUAUCUUUGGUUUGAUUAUUUCACAAUAACUUUCUUAAAACACUUCAUCACUAUACAUGUUAGUGCAACAGCCCUAAAGUCCUUGUUCUCAAUAGGACGUGUUACAGACAUGUUGCCUCUGGUGUAAGAAUGAUUUUAGAUAUUCACCAUAACUUGCAAACUGCGUGACGUUUGGAAAAAAGGGCACCAUGCAUCGGUUAAUUCACCGAGGAGUGUUUCAAUAAAGAAGCAGACAGGCCAUCAGUCACAAUCAUUUCUGAAAACCAACUGAAAUGGCUUCAAAUUAAUUUUCACACUAUCAGAAUCACCACGAACUAAGUCUCUACUUUUUAUUGAUGCAAUCUUUAACUUUUUUAGUGACAUGUGGUUUAAUAUUUGGGAAAUUAAUAGCCUCCUUUUUCAGGAUUACACUGUUAUUACAACAAUUUAUAUAGUCUUAUUGUUGGAUCUGUAGUGUCAUCUAACACCAUGAACUCCAGUAUGUGCAUAUGAAACAACCCAUCAAAGUCCCUACACUGUCCUGAGUCCACUGCAACACAGUUCUGUGUAGGCUUGUUGGAUUUUAGCACAGAUUUAUACAGUAUAUUGCAUACCUGCUCCUCAACAUAAGAACAUAAGAAAGGUCAGUGGUAGACUCUCUCUAUCACCCUUCAUUCUUAUUGUGAGUAUAAUUCAUUUGCUAAAAAGGGAUAAAAUACACAGUUUACUGAUUAUACUUUAUUCUUGUAAAUGCUUCAUGCUAAUCAUCCAAUAAUAUCAUUAAAGGAAAUUAAUCUGUCGUGCUGAAAGCAAUGAUAACUUAAAGCCUAUACUAAAAAGAGAAAGGUUCUUCACCCUCAAUACACAUGAAGCUUUCUUCAGCACAGCCUGUUAAGCAGGCUUUCUCAUUAAGUAGGCUUCAUCUCUACCUCUCCUGUGUUUUACAGAUGGCUGUAAGCACUCACCGUUGUACCUCUCUCCUGACCUCCUCCAUACAUACAAAACUUCAGUUGGUUUCAUCAUGUUGGUUUUUGUGUAAACUGUCUUUUCAAGCCUUUUCAAGCAGGCUCCCUUCCUUAGGAAUGGCUUCUCGACUGCCACCCUUCCACCCUGCCUUCUCUUUUUUUGUUGAAACAUGUUAUUUUUCAUAGUUUUUUAAGACACGUGGCAUAUUUCAGAUAAUAGUUCUUUAGGAAUCACCUUGUUGGUACAAAAUUUCUCUUUUACAUCUGUCAAACUGUGCUUUCGUUGGCAUUUUUUGUACAUUCACCUAAGUAAAUGGGAACAAAUGAUGUGUUUUGUGACUGGCCGCUAGUAACAAAGUUCCUGGAGAUGCAAUUUAAAAUUGGUUCUUCACUAGGUCAUCUGUUAUGUAGAGACACAAUAGUGGUUCAUCCCUUGACUUCGGAGCAUUUUUACGUUUGAAUAAUUCAUAGAUCAGUCCUAAGUGGCUUAACUAACAAAAAUACCUCACUACUUUAAAAGCAGUCAGAUAUUGAAACUGUGGCAUCAAGACAGACACAAGGAUACCUUCACUAUCCAAGCGAUUCUGGAAGAAAUUUGAUGGGAAUAAAAACAGGGACUCUAACAAGAGCUGUAUGUUAUCCAUGUGAUAUCCUUUGAGUUUGUUUUUAUUUGUCACGCUGACAGUGUUUUGAUUGUGUAUACCGUCUAGAUGUACAUGUGUUUUUGAAUGUGACUGGCACAUACGUGUGUGACUUUACUGCAUUUUCUUAUCUUCAUCAAUAAAUUAAACAAAAUAUGAAAAUGAAAUGAAAAGAAAAACAGGUGACACUGUGUGAUGCUCAGGAUAUGUGUUUAUUUGUGUUUAUUUCCAAAUCAUAUUUUUUAACACAUUCAGUGAUGUCAUCGAGGCUUGACAUUCUGGUGGAGGUGACAUCACCGGAGGGGAUGUGACAUUCAGAUGUUACACGAUGCGUUGAUGGCAAAAUCUUUUCCUAGAAAAGAAAGAAAAGAUUUAAAGUUGCUUUUUAAUUUUUGUUUUUCUUCCUUAGCCUCAGUUCUUUAUAUUAUUUUACAUUUUGCUUCUUGUUUUGAUUGACAUGCAAUGGAUGAGUAUAAUUUUUGUAAUUUUGAAGCCUUAGCUUAAACCUGAACUCAUUUAUUUUACUUAUUGCCCCCUGAAUGUCUCCUGAAUGUUCCCUCUGUCUCAUUCAUGUGUUUGUGUUUCAUUGCCAGUUGUAUUUUGUAUAUCUCCUGCUCUACUUUGAAGUAAACUUUUCUUGAAUAUCUUGAAGUUGAAGUUUUGCUGCCUUCCUCUCUGCUUUUUUUCCACACUCUUAUAACCUUACCUUACUCUGUUCUCCAUUAAUUUCUCCAUUCAAGUCCAUUUUCAGUAUUUAUUUUAAUGUUUCAAUGUCUCCUUGAUUUAGUAUUGGUUGCUCAUUGCCUUUUUUUUUAGUUAUGUCUUUAUUCGGGUUUUGAUAAGCUCCUGUUUGGUUCUCCUCAGCUGUGUUAAUUACAUGCACCCAUUUCUUGUUGCUCAGUGGUGUCUAAUUCCCACUUAACCCUGUGUUUACAUAUCCUCCUAUUUGUCCUUUGUCAAUUGACUAGACUUUUGAAAAAAAAAAGUACACCUGUAUUUUUUUAAACAACUAAUUUAAACAAAUCCAGGUGCUGGUUUAGCUCAGUGGGUGAGCAGGCGAGCAUAUGCCGUAUGGCUGGAGAGCAGUGGGUCUGGGUUUGCAUCUCUUCUCCUCUUUCUGUCCCUGCUUUCCUGUCUAUCUACACUGUCUCUAUCCACUAAAGGCAAAAAACCUGAAUCUUUUGUGAAUCUUCAAAUCAGCUAUUAAAGUUCAUUUUUUGUCAAAUUA